UUCAAUUUGGCUCCCAAACUAAUUCUCUAAAAAUUAUUUUAGACAGCAUGUAAAUAAAAGCUUCGAGUUAGAAGAAUUUAGGAUGAUUUUAGAAACUCGAAGAAGUCCAUUAAAAAAAAUUAAAUGAUUAAAUACCUAAUAAGAAUUGACGACGAGUAUUUAAAAGUUUGUAUUCAUUAAAAUGAGAUGUGAAACCAGAUAGACACCGCGUUUCUGAGUCAAAGUCUACGUUUUAAGUAUGAUAAGUCUUGAAACUAUUUUGUAAAAGGGAAAGGGUAGUUGUUUGUUAUGUAUUGAGUAUGUGUUGUUUUGGAUAUCAGUAUCUAACUUGGAUUUGUUUGCAUUUCAAUUGAAUUAGAAACAGUUUGGUGACGAUGUGGAGAGAGAGCGCAUUUGUCCUGGUAGUGCUACUUCAAGUCCACCAUAUUUGUGCUACCAAGGACGACCAAGAACAACACCUUUGUCCCCCUUCUUCCUGUGGCAAAAUCAGCAACAUCACUUAUCCAUUUCGAUUAAAAGGCGACCCAGAGAAGUGUGGGGACGAAAGGUAUGAGGUUGGUUGUGAGAAUAAUGUUACGGUGUUGUAUCUGCACUCUGCAAAAUACCAUGUUCAGGCAAUCAACUACAACAAGUACACAGUGAGAGUGGUUGAUCCUGCACUUCAACUCCAUAAAUGCUCCUCUCUUCCUCUCCGCUCCCUCUCUCGCUCCAAUUUCUCUCAUACUUACACUUACACUUACACUUACACUUACUCUUCGGAUCCAUACCAAGCCGGUCUAGGAGAAUAUGAAAAUUGGGAAUCUCUGAUUUUCGAGCAUAUAGUGUUUCUGAGUUGUAACCAUUCGGUGAGAGAGAAUGGGAAGUAUGUGAAAACAGAAGAAUGCGUGAAGUGGGACUCAAAGGGCUAUGCAUAUGCUGUUGGUGGUGACCUGAAAGCAGAGGACAUUGAAGUUGGGUGUGACAUAAAGCUUGUUGCUCCAACAUCUUUCACCACUUUCAAUAACAAUUCCUACACUUCCAUGCACCGGAGCUUGGCCUAUGGAUUUGAGAUUUCUUGGGUACAACUCGCCUGUGAUGAUUAUUGUCCAUAUAUAUUCUGCUAUUUCGACUCUUCUAAACAGAAGCUUCAUUGCAGCUCUGGGUUACCAGGGUUAUUGCGGACAAUACUGCUAGAGCUAGCUGGUAUCAGUAUUUAUACUUCUCUCGCAUGGGCUUACAAAAUUUUGUUCGGAUUGCCAUUCUUAAUUGUGAUUUUUAUAUGUAAAUGGAGGAAAAGACAUUCAUCAACAUAUGCAAAUAUUGAAAACUACCUUGAACAAAAUCAUUUGGCACCUAUUAGAUAUUCAUACAAGGAAAUUAAGAAGAUGACCGGAGGUUUUAAAGAGAAGUUAGGUGAAGGAGGAUUUGGCUUUGUCUUUAAGGCAAAGUUGCGGAGCGGACCUUUUGUGGCAAUAAAAAUGUUAGGUAAAUCUAAAGGAAAUGGACAAGAUUUUAUAAACGAAGUUGCAACCAUUGGAAGGAUACAUCAUCAAAAUGUGGUACAAUUAAUUGGAUUUUGUGCUAGUGGCUCAAAGCGUGCUCUUGUUUAUGAAUUCAUGUCCAAUGGAUCUCUUGAUAAACUUAUAUUUUCAAGGGCUGGAAGUAUAGAUUUAAGCUAUAAGAAAAUAUAUAAUAUAUCAAUUGGAGUGGCUCGUGGGAUUUCUUAUCUCCAUCAUGGGUGUGAGAUGCAGAUUUUGCAUUUCGAUAUCAAACCCCAUAACAUCUUACUCGAUGAAAACUUUAUCCCAAAGGUUUCUGACUUUGGAUUAGCAAAGCUAUAUCCAAUAGAUAAUAGCAUUGUCACAAUGACGACAACAAGAGGAACUAUUGGAUAUAUGGCUCCAGAAUUGUUCUACAAUAAUGUUGGAGGAAUAUCUCAUAAAGUUGAUGUUUAUAGCUUCGGAAUGUUGUUGAUGGAGAUGGCAAGCAAAAGGAAGAAUCUAAAUCCCCAUGUAGAACACUCAAGUCAACUUUACUUUCCGCUUUGGAUCUAUAAUCAUAUUAGAGAAGAGGAAGAUAUAGAUAUAAAAGAGUUGACUAAAGCGGAAAAGAUAAUAGCAAAAAAACUUAUCAUAGUUGCUCUUUGGUGUAUACAAUUGAAGCCAAACGAUCGUCCUUCAAUGAACAAAGUAGUGGAAAUGCUUGAGGGAGGCAUUGAGGACUUGGAAAUUCCUCCAAAACCUACUUUAUUUCCUGAUGAAAUGAGUUUAGAGGAUCAAACAACUAGCUCUAUCUAAAUGAUUUUGAAUGAAUUCAUCUAACAGUGAUUGAAAUUAAGGUAGUUGGAGGUUGUAGGAUUGCAAGGAGAAGAAGGUUGCAUGAAGAAAUGGAGAGAAUUCACAUUGCAUUGGUGGAAAGAGAAAAAGAGGAACAAGGUGAAUUAAAAUGAAAUUUUAUAUUUGUUGUUCAUUUAAGCAAUAUCUAUUGUUGCAUUUUUAUUGUACCUGUUAUUUAAAUAAUAAAUGUAAAUGUAUUUCAAUGUAAAA